GCCCGCAGUUCUCCUCGUCCCUGCUCUCCGGGGGGGUGUUUGCAAAACAACACCCACCUCGCUACUUUCAACCCUAUUGUUAUUAUAAGCGCAGACUUUUAGCGCGAUUUAGGGGCACCGCAGAGGAUGGUUAAGGCAUCUUGAAGUGAAGCGCGUUACUACGCCUGUUUUCCUAAGUUGGUGAAUCUUCGGUCCGAUGGAACCGGUCCGGGGAGCCGCUGUUAAGACUGUGACCCAGCAGGAGAAGGCUUAAGCCCAAGAUACCGCGGUUUUACUUAGUUUUACUUUACUUGUUGAUCCGAGCGUUGGUGGCGGAGGGCGGGCGGACCUCGUGUGCCGGAGGAGGAGGGGCGGCGGUUUUUCUACUCCCUUUCCACAUUGUUUCUACAUUGUUUCUGCGCUUCGCUACUUUGUUUGUUAUCCUCGCUCUGCGCGCGCCGUGUCAAACGAACCCUCCCGCCGUCCCGGCUCACCCUUUUGUACCCGUCGAGGGGGAGGAGAAAGCCGCUCCUCUCUCUCCCAUCUUCCCCGCUCCCGUCCCCGUCCCCCGCUUCCUGUUCGAGCGCCAGCGCCAGCGCCGCUCCCAGCUCUCACAGGUGCGCGUCUCCGGCCGGCUCGCGCCCCGAACAGGAAACACACCUGGGCCGGUCAUGUGACCGAGCCCCACCUGGGCGUGGAGAGAACGUGUUCGCUCUUUCUCGGCUCCUCAGCUCCGCAGCUCCGCGUUCCCGGCUGCGGCUCGUCGAAGGGGUCCGACUCCGCGCGCCGCGUUCCCGGGAAUGCGCGCUCCUUUCGCUCGUCCUCUGCGCCGCUGCCUCGGGUCGGGAGAAAGAAACAUGUGAAGUUUUUGUCGUGGCUCCAGGAUUUAUUCAUUUCCGACUGAAGGAGAAGACAAGGGAAAGAAAAGCCCUAAAUCGGAGGACUCUGGCGAACUGCGAUCGGAAAGCGCGGCUCCGAGAAAUGGCGUGGUGGACUCUGGCAGCUCUGCUGCUGUGUCUCUCCAUAGUCUGCUGUGAGGAAUCCAUCGAGGAGUUCACAUCCAGCACCCUCAUCAAUAACGUGGUGCAGGACCCCCUCACGGGCCGCAUCUAUGUGGGGGCCGUCAAUGCCAUCUACCAAUUGGACUCCUUGCUUAAGCAGGAGAAGAAAGUAGAGACUGGUCCCAAGAGGGACAGCCGCCACUGCACACCCCCCAUCCAGUCCUGCCAUGAUGCCAAGUGGACAGACAACACCAACAAGCUGUUGCUGGUGCACCCGUCUAACGGCUCGCUCAUCGUGUGUGGAAGCCUCUUCAAGGGCAUCUGCUCCCUACAGAACCUCAGCAAUAUUAACCAAAUGAUCUACUAUAGCGACAGCAAGGGUGAAAAGACUUAUGUGGCCAGCAGUGAGGAGAUGGUGUCUGUAGUAGGGGUGAUGUCAACCUUCACCAAAGAGUCUAAGGAUACUUUUGAUGUCUUUGUCGUGGGGAAAGGCUACGGAAGCCAGGACAACACAAAACUUAUCAGCACCCGCAUCCUGCAGGACUUUGACGAUUGGGUUGUGUUUGAGAACAUUGUUGAGGCUUCUGCUGUUCAGGCCACCCCAUUUGUCCAGAAGUACAUGCACAAUUUUCGCUACUCGUUCAAGGAAAGUGGCUUCAUCUACUUCCUCUUCACCCGCACAAGAGGGGUGCCAGAUAACAAAAACUUCACCUUCAUCUCUCGCCUUUGUGAGGAUGAUCACCAUUAUUAUUCUUACACGGAGCUGCAGCUCAGCUGUGGCCCCAACAACUUGUACAACAAGGCACAGGCUGCCUUCAUCUCCUCCCCCGGGGAGAAAUUGGCCCAAUACCUGAGCGCAUCCGGUCAGUACGGCCAAGUGCAGUCGCAGGACAAGAUUCUGUUUGUAGCGUCCAGCACCGAUGAAGACAAGCCCCGUUCAGGGCUCUGCAUGUACCCCCUGAGAUCUAUCAACCAACAAAUUAUGGAAAUCAUCAGUGCCUGCUAUACAAAAAAUGGGAAAAUUGGAAACAAAAUAGCUGUUGAUUCUCCAUACACAACCUCAAAUCAGUUGUGUUUAAAUGCAGUUAGUCAAGACACACUGAUAAAGUACAAAUGUGGCGCCGAUUUCCUGCCUUCGCCUCUGGCCAGCACGCCAGACUUCGCACUGCCUGCCCAAGCUGUCCACACCACCACAGACCUGCUCACGGCUGUGGCCAUUGCUGUGGAGACUGAGCACACGGUGGCCUUUCUUGGAACCAGCAAUGGGAAGAUGUACCACGUACACCUGUCCAGCAUACCGGAGGUGUACCGAACUGUCCCUGGACCCAGCUCUGGUGAGGCAGUGAACAAACACCUUCUCUUUGACAGAAACCACAGCCAUCUGUAUGUCACCACAGGAAAAAAGAUCUCAAUGGUGCCAGUGGAAAAAUGUGAUAUGAAGAAGGACUGUAAGUCUUGCAUGGACCUGAAGGAUCCCUACUGUGGCUGGUGUGUCUUGGAGGGCAGGUGCACCAGGAAGUCUGACUGCAGGAAGGCAGGAGAGGAGAAGCACUGGCUGUGGAGUCCUCAGAAACAGUGUGUGGAGAUAACAUCUUUCCAGCCGCCAAAUCUGAGCUGCAGGAAGACGCAGAAGGUUGACAUCAACGUGGUUUCUCUCCCCAGCAUUGGAGGGGAUGACAGUCUGAAAUGCAUUUUUGGCAAUUCUGAAAGUGAAGCGCAAAUGAGUGACUCAACUGUCACUUGUGAUCUGCCGAAAGUCACCGAGAUUCCUGUCACUCCCAGAAAUAAAGACUUCGUCCAAGUGCCCGUGAAGAUCUUCGUGAAUGACGAGGUGGAGUUGGCAUCCAGCUACUUCACCUUUUAUAACUGCAGCGCAGCCACGAGGAAGGCGGAGAACACACCGUGCAUGUCGUGUGUGGAACGCGAGUGGAGCUGCCAGUGGAACACUCGGGAUUUCAUCUGCAGUGACAGUGAUGACUCCGGGGAUAAUUCCGUUAUUAGACAUAAAGAAGGAAAUAAAUGCCCGGUAUUUGAGAAUCCUCAUCCGUCUCUCAUUCCUGUGGGUUACGAAACCUCCAUCGAGUUCACUGGAGAAAACCUCCAUGUUUACGAGGGCAGAGAAUUCAAGAUUGGUACCGAGCUGAUGGUGCCCACUGAGGAAAUGGUCACUAAGAAAGAUUCAAGCUACAGUUUCAAAGGAUAUAAGUUUGCCUAUGAUGAAGCGCAAACAGUCAACGUGCUCUUCUACAUCAAGGACGCAAAGACAGAUAAGAAGAUUGACAGCAAACUAAACGUGACGCUGUACAACUGCGCUAUGGGCCGGGAGGACUGCAGCCUGUGCAAGAGCGCGGACCCCAUAUACAAAUGUAUGUGGUGUGAUGAAACCAAAUCCUGCGAGUACCAGAAAAGGUGCCGGAGUGCCGAGGAGAGCGACUGUCCCAACCCCGAAAUCACCGAUAUCAUACCUCGGUACGGGCCUCUGAAAGGGGGGAUUUCAGUAACCAUCAAAGGCUCCAACCUGGGCAUUGUGAAAGAGGACAUAGAGAGCAUCACAGUGGCUGGACAGCCCUGCAUGCACCAGGAAGAGAAGUACUCUGUGUCCACCAGUGUGGUUUGUGAGAUCAGUGGAGUCGAACAGAAACAUUCAGGGGUUGUGGAAGUGAAGGUGAAGGGAGGGAAAAGCGGGACGUCGAGUGUCGUGUUCACAUACAGGGAUCCCAGACCUGAGAGGGUCCAGCCUAACCGUGGCCCGCAGGCGGGAGGAACUCUUAUUACGAUAACAGGAACGGACCUGGAAACUGGUUCCAAGGAUGACCUCAACAUCACUGUCGGCGGGGUGGUGUGUAUCGUGGAGACGUUCCAGAAAAAUAUAACCUGCAAAACCGGACAGUACAAGGUACAGAAGGUCCCCUCUGAUAACCUGACAGUGACAGUGAGGUACGGGAAGAACACCACGAAAGAUGUGCCUACGCCCUUCAGGUUCUUUGAGAAUCCCAAACUAGAUCACCACUAUCCAGAAACAAGUUUUGUAUGCGGGGGGCGGAAGAUUUUUAUCAUCGGCACCGGGUUUGACCUCAUCCAGAAUGCCGCCAUGAAAGUGGUGUCCUCAAGCGAGCAGUCAGGCGUCACCAGUCCACUGAAGUUUGAAGUGGAGGUAAAAGGCAAAAAUGACACAGUAAUGCAGUUCUCCUCCCCGACGGUGAAAGUGACCGAUGGGAUAGCGUCUCUCAGGGCAUUCAUCAUCAUGGACAACAUUGAGCUUGAGCUCAAGCCUUUCGACUACCAUCCGGAUCCUACAUUCGAAGAGAACCAGAAAAGGAUUGUUUCAGAGAACACCAUCAUAUCUGUUACUGGCAAAGGUUUCGCCAAAGCAAUGACUGCCCAAGAAGCAGAAGCCUUCGUGGGAGAUGUCUCCUGUGUGGUCAGCACCUUACAGGACGACAAGCUCUUCCUGGACUGGACCCAACCAUCAUCUCACUUCAAGAGGCCCAAGAGAGACACAAACUCAGAUUUGUUGGAACUUAAGAUUAAGUUUGGCCAUGGGCAGUGGAUUGUAGGCUCAGUGGAGUAUGAAAAGAAGACUGAGGCUCCCCUGGACAUCAUAAUUCCUGCAGUGAUCGCCCCAAUGGUGGUGAUAAUCAUAGUCUCAGUGUACUGCUACAGGAGGAAGAGCCAGCAAGCUGAGAGAGAAUAUGAGAAAGUAAAGCACCAGCUCGAGAACCUGGAGGAGAGUGUUCGUGACCGCUGCAAGAAAGAGUUCACAGACCUCAUGAUUGAAAUGGAGGACCACACCAGUGACCUCAGUGAGGCCCGCAUCCCCUUCCUGGACUACAAGACCUACACAGACCGCGUUUUCUUCCUGCCUUCCAAGGACGGCGCCAAUGACGUGAUGAUCACCGGCAAGCUGGACAUUCCUGAGGCGAGGAGGGCCACAGUAACGCAGGCCCUCAACCAGUUCUCCAACCUGCUAAAUAGCAAGCCUUUCCUUAUCAAUUUCAUCCGCACCUUAGAGGGGCGUCCUGACUUCAAUGCCCGGUCAAGGGGCUACUUUGCAUCUCUGCUGACGGUGGCGCUUCACGGGAAGUUGGAGUACUAUACAGACAUCAUGAGGACACUCCUACUAGAACUCAUGGAACAGUAUGUCCAAAGCAAGAACCCCAAGCUCAUGCUGCGCAGGUCAGAGACAGUGGUGGAGAGAAUGCUGUGCAACUGGAUGUCUAUCUGUCUCUAUCAGUUCCUGAAGGACUCGGCAGGAGAGCCUUUGUACAAGCUGUUCAAAGCCAUCAAGCACCAGGUGGAGAAAGGCCCAGUGGAUGCUGUCGUGAAGAAAGCCAAGUACACGCUGAACGACACUGGCCUGCUGGGGGACGACGUGGAGUACUGUACGCUGACUCUGCAGGUCCUCGUUCACGGGGAGGGGCCAGAUGUCACUUUGGUCAAAGUACUCAACUGUGACACCGUCUCCCAAGUGAAGGAGAAGAUCAUCGAGCAAGUGUACAAAAAUCUGCCCUAUUCUCAGAGGCCCAAGGUGGAAAGCGUCACUCUCGAAUGGCGUCCUGGAUCCACUGGGCAGAUUCUGUCAGACCUUGACUUGACAUCGCAAAAGGAGGGCAGAUGGAAGCGCAUGAACACUUUGGCCCACUAUAACGUGCGAGACAACGCCACGCUCGUCCUGUCUAGGGUCCUGCACCCUCUGCAGUCUUAUGACCAGCACCAGGACAGUCAUGAAGAGAGAAACGCUCUGCUUGAAGACGACAAGGUGUUCCACCUGGUGCGGCCGGCAGAGGAGCUGGAUGAGGUCAAAUCCAAGAGGGGCAGCAUGAAGGACAAGUCGAUGACCAAAGCCAUCACGGAGCUUUAUUUGACGCGGUUGCUGUCUGUCAAGGGCACCCUGCAACAGUUUGUGGACGACUUCUUCCGCAGCGUCCUCUGUUCGUCCGUUGUGCCACCAGCAGUCAAGUAUUUUUUUGACUUCCUGGACGAGCAGGCACAGAAGCACGACAACGUGGAUGACGAGACCAUUCACAUCUGGAAGACCAACAGCUUACCUUUGAGGUUCUGGGUGAACAUCCUGAAGAACCCCCACUUCAUCUUCGACGUUCAUGUGAACGAAGUGGUGGAUGCUUCCUUGUCAGUUAUUGCCCAGACCUUCAUGGACGCUUGCACCAAGAGCGAGCACAAGUUGAGCCGGGAUUCCCCAAGUAACAAAUUACUCUAUGCAAAGGAAAUCUCCACAUACAAGAAGAUGGUGGACGAUUACUACAAGGGCAUCAGGCAGAUGGUGCCCGUCAGCGACCAGGAUAUGAACACCCACUUAGCGGAGGUGUCACGGUCUCACACAGACAAACUCAACACCCAAGUGGCUCUGCAUCAGCUAUACCAGUAUGCAAGCAAAUACUAUGAUGUGAUCAUCACCUCCUUAGACGAGGACCCCGCUGCCCAGAAUAAACAGCUCACCUUGAGGCUGCAGCAGAUAGCGGCUGCACUGGAGAACAAAGUGACCGAUCUCUAACCUCUGUAGAAGGGCAGGGGCCAGUUUUGGUACUGUGGGGCCGGAAAUUGAUGCGGGGUUUAUUUCAUAUGGCCUGAGUCCUGAGUGGAAUGGAGAAGAAGUGGGGAAGGGAAGGAAUGGGGCUGUUCCGAGGAAACCCCCCAGCUUAAGUGAACGUUUGGUGUGUCUGAAACGGCGUCAGGUACCCUUCAGCUGGGCCAGAGAACCCUCCUCCGGACCAAAGCGAACUGAGAAUAAAGAGGGUCAUCCACUAAUACUAAGACUUACAUCCUGCCUAUAAAAGCACACUGUGCCGUGCCAAGCUGAAGAUGGCUGAUGGUUCUCGGAGUCGGUCCCCCUCCCCGUGCUAGUCCAGAUCACGCGACGCGCGCCGAGGGGCCGAGGGAUCUGCGGGAGACGCCACGCCAGACGUUCUCAACGACGGGACAUGUGACCAUUGCAGCCCAGCCUUUGAAAUAAGCCCUUCCUUAAUUGCAGGCUUUAUCGAUAAUCAGAUGUUCAAUUUCUUCCUGUGUAGAAAAGUUUAAGAAUAGUAUUAUAUAUAUUUUUUAUUGUGCAUUCUUUAUCCAGAAAGCUUUAUAAGAGGAAAUUAACUUUUUAAAUUGACAGCCAUUUUAGUUUUGAUUGUAUUUCUAAAAGUGCAUACAGGGGACCCGUGAGCAUGACAGCGGGGGGGAGAGUUUGACAUCAUCCGAAACUCCACUGCCAUGGGGAUUUUUCCCGCUGGGUUAUUGCAGGACGGGGCGUGCUUUGUGUAUUGACAAGACUGCAAGACUGAAGUGUAGCUGACUAGUGGUCAAUGCUAUUUUCUUUAAACGUAUCGAUUUUCGUUCAUUCCGUGUAUUGUCCUUUUUUUUAGUAAUUCAGUUUAUUGUUCUGUGUGCCUGCUGUACAAAUGCAAGUUUCGAAAGCAUCUGUGUUGUUCUGGUCUUAGAGAGACCAGGCAUGGAUAGGAAAUUCUGCUUUCUCUCGCCCCAUUGUAUAAUGCCUAAAAUACUAAAAUCAAGAGCACAUCUUGUUUUAUUAGUUUUUAAAAAUAUCUUUUGUACUCUUCUGGUGGAUCAUCUUUGUGGACCAAGUUAUAUUGCUUAGAUCAAAGAUCUAGAACAUGCAGUGAAGGGUGUACAAGUGCUGAUUAUCUCAAUCUGUGUAACCUCUCUGCUAUCUCAGCCUUUUUCUCCGUUUCUAGCCUUAGCAUCGACUCAUCGUAUCUUAAAGACCUAACGGUUGCUAAAGCACAAGGCUAAAGUAUCAGGUGUCAUUUUAUUUCCAUACCAAAAUGAUUGUACGUCAUUUGCUUUUACAAUUAAUUCCGCCGUUUAAUCAGUGUAUGUUGAUAAGCGCAUUACUUACAUUUGGCCUUAAGUGUAUUGGCAGUAUGUUACGCUAUAUCUGCCAAAACAAAUUAGAAAUCUCAUUGUAACUUUCGAAGUUUGAAUCGGUUCGCUUAUUUAAAUGUACAAAAUUGCAGAACAGCCCAAGUGUGCAUUGUGCUUUUCCUGUACUUUCAAAGUUGUAUAAUUAUGAUUUUGUGUGUAUGUGUCUUUUGUAUACUGUAUGUACGCACACACACACACACACACACACACACACACACACACACACACAGCGUAUCCUUUGGAUGCACUCCUGAUUGUAUCAAUUGAACAUAAUCGUUUCCAUUUAUUCUAUUCUUUUGAAGCGGCAACCUGAACAUAUGAUGUAUUAAUUUUCUCUAGUCCUGCCUGAUAUUUCGCGGUGGUUUACGCUCAGUGAUAUUGACUCUUUUGUCAUGAACUGCGCUUUGUCUCCAAAGAGGACAAUGCACCACUGUAAUAUCAAGGAAUGAUUACAUGUCAGUAACAUUGAUACUGAGUAGAACGGUACUUUUUUUUAAAAUCAUUUACAGCAAAGCUGUCACUCCUUUAGGCUAUCAGCACUGGAAAUGAACUGUUUUUCUAAUCACUGCUCGGCAAAUCCUGCUCUGAACCUUAUGGAACUUUUCCGCAGAAUGCCAAAUAUUUUUCAUCGUGAAAUAAUUACGCUGGCAUUAAUCAACAUUUUUAUUUUUGAUACGUCAGAUAUUUGUGCCUCGUGAAUGCGCUCCAGUUGUUCUGUGAUGGGAAGGAUGGGACCUCGGUUUUAAAACGAGGUGCUGUAUAAAGUUAAGGGUCGGGGAUCUGUUUAUUGGACCACCAGUGACCAACGUGCUCAUUUCCUUGCUUACUGGGCCUUCUUGUUCUUAUCCCCCUGCACAGGGGGGGUUGUGCAGAAAACAGCACUGCAGCGUGGGAGAGCACAUCUCACAGUUAUCCAUACUGUCAUAAGAGGCACCUCACUCUGCGGACACCCCCCCCCCCCCCCCCCAUUUUCACAUCUGACCACAGAUUUCAGCCCUUUACCUGUAAGCCCAGUGCUGAUAGCGCAGUACAAAGCUUUCUGCCUUUUUUUUGUAGCCAAACGUGCCUUAACGAUACUCUGUGUUUGUGGAGAUGCUGUUUUCUUUAUUUGUGCUACCGGGGGUCCGGCAGCGCAAAGCGUUCGCCUUGCGCGACGAGCGCUCGGCCAGCCGCCUCCGCAGCAGCGUUCACGUGCCAAUAUGAGUGUGUCGAACCACCUGCCUGAACACUUUUCUACAUUGUGAGGUGUGACUCGGUUCCGGAUGUCUGUGACUUCGGCUUCUUAUGGAUUCAAAGGCUAAGGCAACAAUUCAAAAAGGAAAAAAAAAAAAAAAAAUUAGAUUAUCGAAAAGUGCAAAUUGUCCCAACGUUAUUUUUCCUCCUCAACUGUUGGGGGGGAAAAAUGAGUAGAAUUUUGUUUGACACGCCGUUCCUCUGUAUGCGUGGGGAAAAAAUGUAUGAGAUGUGUACCUGUACUCGGCAAUGACCUCUUACUGCUGUGCAGUUUUUUUUUUUUUUUUUUUUAAUUUUAAAAAUUUCCCUGACAUAUAGUGAUUGUAAAACUUGUUGCAGUUUCUGUCCCUGUAUUCCAGUUGUGUGAGCCUAUGCAUUCAAUACCCAGGGCUAGAUUUGUUGUGCUGUUGUCGAGAUUUUCUUGUUCUUGUGAGUGUGAAACAAAUAAAUAAUUAAAAAGUGGGGGCAGUACAUCUUCAGACCAGUCGUGGCAACCGGGGGUGAACUUCCUGAAGAAGCUCAUUAGGCGCUGCACUCUCUUUGUCAUUUCUCUCCGUAAUUACUUCCGGACCGAGUUCCCUGGGCUGCGCUCGGCUUGCGGACGAGGGUGAUUCACCUGUGGAGGAUGACCUGCGCUGUCUUACCUGCCCUCCUCCUCGGGGGCUGCGCAUCCAUCCGCUUUUCUCCAUGAUCUGCCCACACAAGUGACCCUCAACCCGACAGCCAACGGCUCCAAGCCAUCGCCGAGUCUUACUGACCGACGUUUUGUAUUUUCACUGCAUCAUUUGGGGAAUCUUAGUUUAAAAAAAAAAAAAAAAAAAA